AUGCUGUAUGCAGAACGCAUUCAAGAGGAAAUCGCUUCUACUAUGAGUUCGGCAAUAGGAUUCAGAGAUGAACUGUGUGCUCGUGCUAAUCUUCUGAAAAAUGAAAUUUGUGCACACAUAUACUACAUGAUGAACGCUGUGCUCGGCCGAGGUUUUCAAUUACUGACCGAGAUAAGGCAAGAAGAAGAAGCUGCGAAUAGGCAGUUAGAUGAAGUGGUCAGCCGAUGUAAUCAUGCCCAACGUCGUUUGGAUACGGUUCGCUCGCUUUAUAAAUUUAGACAGUGA